ACAGGAUGAGACCGCAGCAACUAAGACGUUGUGAGAGAGACGAGAGGAAGUAACAGGCAGAUUUCACAAGCUGCAAAGAAAGGCAGAGGCAGAGGGCACCUAUAUUGUUUGACUGAAGAAAAUUAGUUUGGGACUUACAACUAGUAUGGCUGCCUGGGAUCUGUCUGUGACAGUGGAGGAGCUUGGCCCAGAGGCCCCACCCCUCAAAGUUAGCGUGACCUCAGACCUGCACAUUGGUGGUGUCAUUCUCAAAAUUGUGGAGAAGACACAGAUAAAGAAGGAUUGGUCAGACCAUGCCCUGUGGUGGGAACAGAAGCAGCAGUGGCUGCUCCGACCAUCCUGGACCCUUGAGAAGUAUGAAAUCCAUGCCAACGCUCGCCUGAGCCUCACCCCCCAGCACAAGCCUCUAAGACUGGGGCUACCCAACGGGACCACCCUGAGGCUUCAGGCCUGCUUCUCUCGUCCAGUCUUCCAAACGGUCAUGGGGGUCUGUCAUCUGCUGAACCUGCGUCACCCAGAGGAGCUGUCGUUGUUACGGCCAAUGGAGGUGAAGAAAAAGAAAAAAGACAAGGAGGCAGAAGAGGAAGUAGUAUACGAUCUAACAGGCCUUCGGACCUCAUCAGGUCCAGCUCACACCCUGUCCAAUGGCAUGCCUAUGCACUUUGCUGACUCACUGCAGACUGAGGCUGUGUAUAAGAUGUUGUCUGUCAGCCUACCUGCACCUGCUCCUGAGACUAUCACCAAGAUGCCCCGUCCCACCAGCCUUAUGGACAAGGCACAAGUUCAGAGCAGAUGGCUGGAUUCGUCUCGUUCUCUGCUCCAACAGGGAGUGCAGGAGCAUGACAGGCUGCUACUACGCUUCAAAUACUACUGCUUCCAUGACCUGGAUCCCAAGUAUGAUGCGGUCCGUCUGACCCAGCUGUAUGAGCAGGCUCGCUGGGCCAUCUUGCUGGAGGAUGUUGACUGCACAGAGGAAGAGAUGAUGCUCUUUGCUGCCCUUCAGUACCACAUUGGUAAGGUGUCUCUGUCAGAGCCCCAGCCAAUGACAUCAUGUCCUGCCAUGGAUGAUCUUGACUCUGCCCUUCAGUGUUUGGAGGUGAAGAUGGAAGCGGAGGAGAGUAUCACUGCGGACAUGCUGGAAACAAUGACGGUAGCACCAGAGCUGCAGGACUACUUGAAAAUCUUCAGACCAAAAAGACUGACACUAAAGGGCUAUAAACAGUUCUGGUUCGCAUUCAACAACACAUCCAUCUCCUACUACAAGAGUAAAGAGGAGAGCCUCAAGGAACCCAUUCAGCAGAUGAACCUCAAAGGCUGUGAGGUGGCCCCAGACGUUAGUGUGGCUGGUCAGAAGUUCUGCAUCAGACUGCUGAUCCCUGGGGCUGAGGGCAUGAACGAAGUCUACCUACGCUGUGAGAAUGAGCUGCAGUACAGCAGGUGGAUGGCAGCUUGCCGUUUAGCCUCCAAAGGGAAGACACUAGCAGACAGCUCUUUCUCUAGUGAGGUGCAGAAUAUCCAGUCCUUCCUGGCCAUGCAGCGAACCAACCCUGGGGCCAAUACUGCUCAGACUGAUGACAGCAUCAACACAUACAGCCUUGUAUCCCCACGCUACCACAAAAAGUACAAAGCCAAACAGCUAACUCCACGCAUCCUGGAAGCCUAUCAGAAUGUGGCCCAGCUCCCUCUAACAGAUGCCCUCCUCAGGUUUCUUCAAAUCUGGCAGGGUCUACCUGACUUUGGGGUGUCCUAUUUUGUGGUGAGGUUUAAGGGAUGCCGUAAAGAUGAAGUCCUUGGGGUCACCAACAACCGUCUCAUCCGCAUUGACCUCAGCAUAGGAGAUGUGGUGAAGACAUGGAGAUACAACACCAUGAGGCAGUGGAAUGUCAACUGGGAUAUUCAACAGAUGGCCAUUGAGUUCAAUGGCAAUGUGAACAUUGCCUUCAGCUGUGUGACUGCAACCUGCAAGAUUGUGCACGAGUACAUUGGGGGCUACAUCUUCAUGGCCACACGCACCAAAGAGCAGGCCGAGGUGUUGAACCAGGAGCUCUUCUUCAAGCUGACUGGUGGUCAUGAAGCCAUCUAAACCCCCAUGAAUAUCUGUAUCUCAGAAUGCACCUCUUCAUGGUUUUACGUUACAUGGACAUGCAGUAUUAGAGCAGGUUGUCAGGGUGACCAAGACUUUCAAUGGGAAAGUGGUCAGUUGAACACGUUCUGCAUAGGCUACCCUUUCCACAAUUGUAUUGUUAUUACUCGACCAUACAAUAUGUUUUUCUGGCGUUAUAAAAGUCCAUUUAGUUUUCAAAUGUUUGUGUAUUUUUGUAUUGAAAUGUAUUCAAUAGGCUACAUCAAUAAUAUUAAAUGAAUGGCAAGCAAAA